UCGGUCCUUGUACCUUCAGUAACUCUGGCUUCAAUCACUGUCAAACGAUAUGAGAACAUUCAGUAUCAAGUCUAGUGACCACCAACCCGGCCUACACAAAUGAGUGUAACAAAUAGAACACUGGAAAUAAUGUGUAUUACAGAAAGGGAAAACAUAAAUAUGCUAAGCAUUGUGUUAAUUACUCUUAACCGAAUAUGAACUUUAUUCAUCUUAAAUAUUCCCAUUACAGGUAGCCUAUAAUGUAAAUGCAACAUUGUGACGCUGGAAAACCCUUAUGCAUUCUGAGCCUCACUUUGAGGGUAGAAUGGAUGGAUCCUCUCAAACAAAGGGAAGGGAAAGGGGAUGCCUAGUCAGUUGCACAAGUGAACGCAUUCAACUAAAAUAUGUCUUAAAUCGACCUUGGCUCUCAGUAACCCAAGGGGUUCCUUGACCUUAUUGAAUCUAAAGUCACACCUACCUCUCCUCUGAUUGGAUCAUUGAGUGCUUUGACAUGUUCUCUAACAUGUCGAUGGCGUUGGUUUCCAAUGGAUAGUACAGCCACAGUCAAAAUUGGCUAUCAUAAAAAUUCAUGAAAACAAAAAUGUGCUAUUUGGUUUUAAUUUAGGGUUAGGCAUAAGGUUAGCAGUAUGGUUAAUGUUAGGGUUAGAAUAAUGCUAAGAACAAAUUGUAGAAAUUUGCAGGUUAAUGACCUUGUGGCUGUGGUAACUAGUGAUGACCCCCAGGAGCAUUCACUCCCAGUGGGACUGAGGCCCUUGGCCAGGUGCCAGAAGAGCAUGUUCCUAAUUGUUUCCUCAAAGACCAGCCCUGGGGCCAUCAUUGUAAAUAAGAAUUUGUUCUUAAUUGACUCGCCUGGAGAAAUAAAGGUUAAAUAAAAUAAAUCCCUGGCUGGGCUCCAGCUCCUACAGGAUGCACUGCUGUUGGGAGUCUCUCACCGGAGCUGUCCACAGACUCCUCUCAUUGGCGACUGUGGGGACAAAUAGAUUCCUGCUAUUUACUCUUUGUGAUUGUAUUUGCGUUACAAGGUUAUAAGGAAGGCAAAAACUCAACACGAGCUGCAUGUUUACUUUUUCGCCAUUAGGGCUGAUAUGUGUAUGGACAAGUUUUAGCCCAGUGGAUUGGACAAAGGAGAUGACCUAGAACUGAACUCGGUCCAAUCAAAAGGAUGAUUGAUUUGGAAUGCACUUUUCUAGGUGUUAAAAAGCAUUUUUACUGUACAUUGUAUAUUGUGGAUCCCCACCCAUCCACUACCACCCUCCUGGUGGGUAGAAUGCUAAAGCUCCUAUAGUCUGCUGCAGCAUGUUGCAUACCAUAUGCCUCUGUCAAAGGCCCUGCUGCUCAUCCAAGAAUGUGCAGUGAUCCCGGUGAAUGAUUUAUGAGCGAAGCCCUCAGUGAAGUGGUACAAUCUCCAAAAAUGCCGUCUCGAUAGCACGACACUAAGAUAAAACGGGAUCAGUCCUUGCCAGGCAAUUAAACGGCUUUAGUGAAAGAGCUGAAGUAAGUGCACCCUUAUUGUGGAGAAAAACAUAUGAUAAAUAUCCAUCAAAUGCCAAGGCAACACGAGUCAGGGAGGCUUAGCUUCUGGAAAGACAUCAGUCCCUGGUCGCCUGCGGGGCAGCGGUAUCUCUCCCGACAUCUGUGGGAGUAGAGUGCCUGUCGGGCAGACGCUGGCCUGCCUGUGAGCCCAGCUACCUGCAGUGACGUGAGCCGCCUCCCCAGCGAAUUGGCAGCCAGGGAGGCCAGCUGCCCCCUUAAGAGGGCCCUAGUGUAUAUAAACCCCUGGGAGGCUGGCAGUCUGUCUGUCUAUGACUAGAGAACUCUGAUCUUGGACACCCCAGCUUUGAGGCUGCUGAUGCUGCUGACAUGGCUGAGACUAACCUGAGAAUCAGUGGGGGGGCGGUGAGGUUCGGUGCCACCUAUGGGGGCAACAGGCUCUUCUCUGGAGGCAGGAGAGGUGGUGGCGGAGGGGCCGGACUGGCCCUCUCCAGAUCUUUUGGAAUUGGGGGGGGUGGAGCAGCGGGGCUCGGCAUGAGAGGAGGGCUCGGGAUGGGGAUAGGCAUGGGAAUGGGAAUGGGUGGUGGAGGCGGAGGUGGAGGUCUUGGGAUGGGAAUGGGUGGACGUGCCCUGGCUCUAGGAGGUGGAGGUGGCGGGGAAGCAGGGUUCAGGGCUGGAGUGGCCCCACUCAGGGCUCGCUUGGGCGGCCGCGUCUUCAAGAUCGGAGGCUAUGGCUUCAACCCGUCCUUCCUGAGCUCCACCGCCGCAGUGGGUGGUGUCAGCCCUGUGCCCAGCAUCGACCCAUCGCUGCCCUCCCUCGACACAGUCCAGGUGACCCGCCUAAAGGAAAAGGAGGAGCUGCAGGUCCUCAAUGACAAGUUUGCCACCUUCAUUGACAAGGCUCGCUCUCUGGAGCAGACCAACGCUGUGCUGAGGACCAAGAUCUCCAUGUUCACCAACCCGGAGCAGAGCGGCCCUGUCAGCACCUCCAUCCUGCUCACCUCCGCCAUCGGCACCUACAAGACCCAGAUCGAUGGCCUGUCCGCCACCAAGGAGGCCAUCCUUGCCGAGAUCGAGCACUACAAGAGCCUCAUCGACGACGUCCAGAGCAGGUUUGAGGAGGAGACUGCCCAAACCAAGUCAUUAGAGAUGGACUGGACCACAUUAAAAGAGGAGGUGGACAAUCUCUACCUUGUCAUUUUCGAGCUUCAAACCAACAUCGGUGGACUGGAAGAUCAGAUCAGUCUCUCAAAGCAGGUGUAUGACGCUAAAGUGAAGGAGGUGAGGAACAUUGUGACGGGUAGUGUGAAGUCAGCCUUCUCCAUCUCAGUGGACAACGCGGCCCAGGCCCAGGACCUGACCUCUGCCCUGACGGACGUCAAGGCCCACUACGAAGCCCUGGCCCAGCGCAGCAAGCAGGAUGCCCUGGUGUCUGUGCAGGACAGUCUCUCCAUGAUGUCCAUGACAUCCCAGCCCAGUACCCAGACUCUGUCCCAAACCAAAGAGGAGCUGCGCAUGUACAAACUGCAGAUGGACUCGGUACAGAGGGAGAUCGACAGGCUCAAGACCCUGAACAUCCAGUUGGAUUCUCAGGUGGAUGAGGCAGAGUCCCACUCCAGCUCCCACACUGAGACCUAUCAGGAGCAGGUGCUGACCCUCAAGUCACAGCUUGAUGACAUCAGAAAGCAAAUAACACACUAUGGUCAAGAGUACCAGGAACUCCUGGCCAGUAAAAUGUCUCUUGAUGUUGAGAUCACUGCAUACAAGAAGCUCCUAGACAGUGAAGAGACCAGACUGAAGUCAGGAGGAGGUGUGACCGUGCACAUGUCUAAGACAGCCAUUGGAGGAGGGGGAGGCGGAGGAAGUGGGGCUGGGCUGGCCUUGGGAGGAGGCAGUGGUGGUGGCAGUGGGAUGGGUCUGGGCGGUGGCUACGGAAUGGGCGGCUUUGGAGGGGGUCUGGGCAUGGGUGGCUUUGGAAGGGGCGGUUACGGAGGCGUUCUCGGGCUGGGAGGAGGCAGGAGCAGCUACAUGUCCUCCAGCCUGAGCAGCAGUGCACUCUCAACAGUGUACUGAGGACAAACAGGACAGACCAGAGAAUCGCCUACUGAGACCCAGCAUCAUAGGGUUGAGAUGGAACCCUGUUUUGGAAGAAUUACUAAGAACACUAGCAACCAAAUAUUGAAGUGAACACAGUCCCAAAUUCUGUUCUGCGACUUACUGUAUGAAAUGUUUAAUAUCAAUAAAAGCAGUAUCAUUACCAUGUGCCACACAUUCAA